AUGACACACUCCCCAAUAAAUAGAGGCCCAAAUGAUGAAAUUCUAAAUUGUACACCUUGUGAUUCUGCACAAACAAUUUCUGUUCAUUGCAUGCCUAUAAGAGUAGAGGAUGGUGAUCCGCAUUUUCCCAGUCAUUUACCCAAUGGUGAGCCUCGUUGUUUACCUUUUGCUCGCUCACUUCUUGGACAACUUGAGCUUGGAUAUAGAAAUCAAAUGAAUCAAAUAAGUGCAUUUAUUGAUGGUUCUGUUGUUUAUGGUUCUACACGUUGUGAAUCCAAUCAAUUGAGGCUGUUUAGACGUGGAUUGCUCAAUUUUACUGAUUUUGGUACUUGGAAUCCUAUGGCAUUGCCACAAGGGUCUCAGGAAAAAGAUUGUCGUUCAUUACCAAAUUUCCCUUGUUUUGUUGCUGGUGAUGAACGUAAUAGUCAUCAACCUGGUUUAACAGCAAUGCAUACAAUAAUGUUAAGAGAACAUAAUCGAAUUGCUGAGAAGUUAGCAAAAUUAAAUUUACAUUGGGAUGAUGAAAAAAUUUUUCAAGAAACGAGAAGGAUUUUUAUUGCACAAGAACAACAUGUUGUUUUUAAUGAAUUUUUACCUAAAGUGAUUGGGUUUGAUUUGUUACAUGAAUAUGACUUGGUACCUUUAAAAACGGGCUAUUACACUCGUUAUGAUGAAACUUGUGAUCCCUUUGUUUGUCAAUGUUUUGUUUGUUUCUUGUUUUAUUCAAUGUUUUCGUUUGCAAUUUCUCACCCAUUUGCUACAGCAGCUUUUCGUUUUGGUCAUACUUUGAUUCGUCGAAUGUUUCCACGUUUAGAUACAAAUUUCCACAAAAUGAGUGAACCUGUUGAUUUGGCAAAACAUUUUGGAUUUGUUGAGCCUCUUUAUAAUAAAAUUAGUGGAGGACUCGAUUCAAUGCUUCUCGGUUUAUUUGGCACCCCAGCAAUGGCUUUUGAUAGACACAUUACAAAUGCAGUAAGAGACAUGUUGUUUGCUAGGCGUGAUGAACCUACUUCUGGAAUGGAUUUGAUUGCUAUAAACAUGUUAAGGGCCCGAGAUCAUGGUGUUCAACCAUACAACAAAUUUAGACCUCUUUGUGGACUUCCACUUGCUCAAUCCUUUGAAGAUUUACGUGAUGUAAUGGACGAAACAGCAAUUUCUGCUCUUCGUUCAGUUUAUGAACAUGUUGAUGAUAUUGAUUUAUUUCCUGGAUUAACAAGUGAAAGGCCUAGACAAGGAGCUUUGUUAGGCCAUACAAUGUCAUGCCUUUUAGCAGAACAAUUUAGACGUUUAAAAAAAUGUGAUCGAUUUUAUUAUGAAAAUGAUAAUUUUGCUGCUAAGUUUACGCCUGCCCAACUUUCACAAAUUCGUAAAAUUCGUCUUGGCAAAAUUUUGUGUCAAAAUUCACCAAUUAUACAAAAAAUACAGCCAAAUGUAUUUGAUAUACAAGAUGAUUUAAUUAAUGCGCCUGUUAAUUGUAAUGAUUUGGAAGAAAUUGAACUUGAAGCUUGGAAAGAAAAAUCAUAUUGUGAAAUUAAUGGGUUGAAAAUUGAACAAGGAGAAAAUAGGAGAACAACACCUUGUGUGACGUGUACCUGCACAGCUGAAGGGCCUGAAUGUCAACCUGUCCAAAUGGAUAGCUUUGAAUGUUCACAGCUUUUUAAUAAAUAUGAUAAAAAAUCAAUUUUAAAGGAUGCUACUUGUGCAAUUCAAUGUGCACAAGAGCUUUCAGUAGUAGAUUCAGCAGAAAGUAAAGAGGAUCUUUAAAAAAUAUUUUAGUCAAAAUUAGAAAUUUUUUUAGUUUUUUUAAUUUAUUGUACAAAAUUGUUGUUUAAAUUAUUUUUUAGUUUAGAGAAAAAGUUUUACAAUUAUUUUUACAAUUUGUAAUUCUAUGAACUAAGUUUUUAAAUGUUUUUACAAAUGUUUUUGAUAAGUUUUAAGUUUUUCUGAUUCCAAUGUUUUUAUUAAAUUCUGAUUUUUGGUUGUUUGAAAAGUUGUUCUGAUUUCGAUGUUUUGUAGAAAUUCUGAUUUUUGUUUGUUAGUUGUUUGAAUGUUUUAAAGUUGUUCUGUUUUUGUUUUUUGGAAAUUCUGAUUUUUAAAAAUUGUUUUUGUGUGUUUUAAUGUUUUUAGUUUAUUCUGAUUCUAAUGUUUUUAUUAAAUUCUGAUUUUUGUUUUUAUUUGUUGUGUGUUUUAAAGUUGUUCUGAUUUUGUUUUAUGGAAAUUCUGAUUUUUAUAAAUUGUUUUUGUGUUUUAAUGUUUUUAGAUUGUUCUGAUUUUGAUGUUUUUAUUAAGUUCUGAUUUUUUAUUGAAACACAGUAAACCAACGGAAGAGUGAGAGAGUCUGACAGACAGUUGGAGAGGUUUUGGAUAAAUUGUCAUUUAAUUUAAAAACAAGACAUUUUGCCAAAUAUUUUUUGUAACAUUAAUUUUUUUUAUUUUAUUUUUUUAUACUUUAUUUUUCUAACCAAAGUCCGCCAAGAUUUGCUUCAUUUUUUUAUUUUCUUAAAUAAUAACCCACUUAUUUUUAAUUAUAUUGUUUU